AUGGCCAACCUUCCCCCACCAUCGACGAUCCCAUCCCUACCCCAGGAGGAGCAGCUUAAAGUACUCGAUACACUUUUCGAGCCCUCUCCGGAGCUCCACAAACUGAUGAUCCCCGUGCUGGCCAACCAGCCUUUUUCCUCCUAUACAGCUCUCAUUGAGGCUGUAGGGGGUCGUAUGUCUGCACUAUCGGCGCCGAAUUCCCCGAUCGACCGAGACGUGCUCUUCGGCAUUUUGGGAUCGCAUCCCCGACUGGGUCGGGCCCCAGCCAACCCAGAACAUUUAAGUGAGCUGAGUAAGAAGGAACAAGCCCAAUUGAAUCAAGGCGCAGAGGAACAGGCGGAGAAGUUACGAGCAUUGAAUGCUGAAUACGAGGAGAAAUUCCCGGGGUUACGGUUUGUCACAUUUGUCAAUGGUCGCAGUCGCGAUCUGAUCAUGGUCGAAAUGCGCCAACGUAUUGAUCGGGGAGAUGGGGAGAAAGAGAUCGAAGAGACCAUUCAGGGGAUGUGUGAUAUUGCAAAGGACCGAGCGAGGAAGCUUCAGUCUCACAUUUGA